AUGGACAUUGCCAUGACCCAUGCGCACGGUACCUUUGCAUUGGUUCUUCUUUCUGCUAAACUGAAUAUGCGUUCUGCGGGUAUCCUAAUCCUCUCGACCAAUUUGCCACAGGUACCCGGUCACAUGUCCCUACUGCCAACACCCCCUCUACCAGUCGCCUUGCCCGUCAACGUCCACGCGGUUAGUUUACUCUUCUCGAGACCGCCAGCUUUCGUAUGCGGUUACGCUUACAAAUCUGCCAUUUUGUGGAGCCGUUCCUCUGUGCUCGCUACUUCUGUAAUUGACUUUGAGUCUAGUGCUUCGGCCUUUUGGGUCACACAUCAAUGGACUGGGUAA